AUGGCCAACACGCCAAAUAUACACCCUGCAUGCGACUGUGUUGCGCAUCAGACGGACUACCAGGAUUGGCCCAGAGAAAAUGCAGAGAUCAGAAUUGCUUCUUGUAUGCGAAUAUGUCCUUAUUGUGCGAAGAGGCAUUCAAACGCUAGUCGGCUCCGAAAGCAUCUGCGUCAGCGCAAAUACCGUGAGCGGAAUAUUUUCAUCGCAUCAGAGCGUCCUGGAGCUGUCGGCGUCGGGUACGUUGCCCUACCUCAGCGAGGAGCUCUCGCAACAUCCAGAAACUCGGGCUGUUUCGGCAAUGAUUUGAAAUAUUACGGCCCGAUCUUGUCGACAGAGACCGUCCAAGCCGAACCCCAGGAAGACCCGAGUUCCAUCUUGCGUGAGAUUCAAGGCAACUUCGGCCCUGAGUUUGGGGUACUCAUGAAAUGCCAUCUUUCUUACUGGAACCGCAUGUCAGAUCAAAAUCAAGAUCUCUGGUUGAAAUCUACAUCAUCGGUCCCUCGCCUCCUUGACGGCUCCCAUUGCUGGCGUGGUCGAGCUCCCCUCGCUCGCGAGCUCUUUAUGGACACUAUAAAGGAAAUAUCAACCGAAAAUUCGAUGACUCAGAAGAGCCCUGAGUCUCGAUUUCGGGCUAAUUUCCAGGGUGAAGUAGACGAGGCAUUUGACCCUUAUCUUGUUCUCUCACAGCUUAUAGACCCUGACCCAAAUAAACCUGCAUUUCUCACUGGUUUGCGGCUACCGUCAGUAGACCAUUUCGGGUUUCGUUCACCGUGUGAUAUCUCUACUGUUAUAGAGCCGUUCUAUGAGACGAACAAUCAGGUGAAUUUGACCCCAAAAUACUCUUUUGUGGACUUGCAUACCGGAGACUAUGGUGCGGACGGAUUAUCAACAGUGAUCGGUGAUUGCCGGAAAAUAUGGCUACUUUAUCCACCCACGGAUAACAAUCUGACUGCCAUGAAGUCCAUUGACGGCCAGCGUGGAAAGUUACUUCGCUUGGCGCAUCAAUUAGAAGGCGGUGUUCUUGUGGAGACAACAUCAUCGAAUGCGAUAUUCCUCCCGGCUGGCUGUGUUCAUGCCACGUUCACUCUUCAGGGUGGCUACCUGGUGACCAAGGAUUUCACGACUGAAAAGUCCCUGAAUGCGAUUUCAAGCUUUAUCGUCUAUGGACUUGAUGAAAAUUUACCGACAGAAGCUCGGGAGAUUUGCUUCGAUUGCUUCAUUGCUUUCAUCAUCUCAACUACGACGUCUUCACUGACAUGA